GCGGCCAUGGCGGCGCACCUGAGCUCGGGCAGGGUGAACCUGACGGCGCUGAGGGAGGCGGGGCGGCGAGAGCUCCGCGAGUUCCUCGACAAGUGCGCGGGCUCCAAGGCCAUCGUGUGGGACGAGUACCUGACCGGGCCCUUCGGGCUGAUCGCGCAGUACUCUCUGCUCAAGGAGCAUGAGGUGGAGAAGAUGUUCACGCUCAAGCCGGGCCGGCUGCCCCCGGCCGACGUCAAGAACAUCAUCUUCUUCGUCAGGCCCAAGCUGGAGCUAAUGGACAUUAUCACCGACAACGUGCUCAGGGAGGACAGAGGCCGCUCUCCCCAGAGGGAUUUCCACAUCCUGUUCGUGCCGCGCCGCAGCCUCCUGUGCGAGCAGUGGCUGAAGGAGCAGGGCGUGCUGGGCUCCUUCAUCCACCGCGAGCAGUACAGCCUGGACCUCAUCCCCUUCGACGGGGACCUGCUCUCCAUGGAGUCUGAGAGCGCCUUCAAGGAAUGUUACCUGGAGAGCGACCAGACCAGUCUGUACCAUGCAGCAAAGGGGCUGAUGACACUGCAGGCUCUCUACGGAACCAUCCCGCAGAUUUUUGGGAAGGGCGACUGUGCUCGGCAUGUGGCCAACAUGAUGAUCAGGAUGAAGCGGGAGUUCCCUGGGAGCCAGAACUCCAUUUUUCCCGUCUUUGAUACCCUCUUGCUGCUGGACCGCAACGUCGACCUGCUGACGCCGCUGGCCACGCAGCUGACCUACGAGGGGCUGAUAGAUGAGAUCUAUGGCAUCCAGAACACUUAUGUGAAACUCCCUCCUGAGAAGUUUGCCCCAAAGAAGCAGGGUGAGGGCGGGAAGGAUCUCCCCACGGAGCCCAAGAAGCUGCAGCUGAACUCCGCAGAGGAGUUGUACGCAGAGAUCCGCGACAAGAACUUCAAUGCUGUGGGGUCAGUGCUCAGCAAGAAAGCCAAGAUCAUCUCAGCAGCCUUUGAGGAGAGGCACCACGCCAAGACGGUGGGGGAGAUCAAGCAGUUUGUGUCGCAGCUGCCCCACAUGCAGGCGGCCAGGAGCUCGCUGGCCAACCACACCUCCAUCGCAGAGCUCAUCAAGGACAUCACCACAUCUGAAGAUUUCUUCGAUAAUUUAACAGUGGAGCAAGAGUUCAUGUCUGGAAUAGACACAGACAAGGUUAACAAUUACAUUGAAGACUGCAUAGCUCAAAAACAUCCAUUAAUCAAGAUCCUGCGUCUGGUUUGCUUGCAAUCCGUGUGCAACAGUGGAUUGAAGCAGAAGGUUCUGGACCAUUACAAGAGAGAGAUUCUCCAGACUUAUGGCUAUGAACAUAUAUUGACCUUAAACAACCUGGAAAAAGCUGGACUGCUGAAACCUCAGACAAGUGGCAGGAAUAACUACCCCACGAUCAGGAAAACGCUGCGCCUGUGGAUGGACGAUGUUAACGAACAGAACCCCAACGACAUCUCGUACGUGUACAGCGGCUACGCCCCCCUGAGCGUGCGCCUGGCACAGCUCCUGGCCCGCCCGGGCUGGAGGAGCAUCGAGGAGGUGCUCAAGAUGCUGCCAGGGCCCCAUUUUGAGGAGAGGCAGCAGUUACCCACUGGCCUUCAGAAAAAGCGUCAGCACGGGGAGAACAGGGUCACUCUGGUGUUCUUCCUGGGAGGGGUGACCUACGCCGAGAUCGCCGCGCUCCGGUUCCUGUCCCAGAUGGAAGAUGGAGGCACAGAGUAUGUCAUUGCCACUACAAAACUCAUCAAUGGAACAACCUGGAUCAAAUCCUUGAUGGAAAAACUGGAGCCUGCCCCUUUCUAGGGUGUGUGGUGAGAGACAGUGAAGCGAGAGGCGUUGUGUGACACAGGCGUGGCUGGUCCUGGCUCUGCUGCUUGGACACUGGAGGAACACGGCAGUGAAAGGAGCUCUCCUGAGACCAGCUCGUGAUCCAGUGACCCUUCAUCCCUUCUGCACUUGUGUUCCAGCCCUUUGUGGAACAUCCUAUUAGACAAGCAGUGCUGGGAGGCACUAAGGAUGGAAUAAACCACGGGAGAGAAUGAGGAAUCCCUGCUCGUGCUCUGACCUGGCAGCCAAGCCCUGGGGGAGUGGGGAUGUGCCCUGGUCCUUCUCUUUGGCAAAUUGCUGCUUUUUUUUCUUUCAGUUUAGUUUUGGUGGGAGAUGGAGGGGGAGGAUGUUUUCUGUUCCUGAUUUCAUAGCAGUAUUCCCAGUCUGUCUCUCUCUGGUGCUCGGUACAUUCCAUGGCUGCACUGGCUGUGUUUGUCAGAGAUCUGUGCCUCUGACCCUUGAGCCUUUCACUUCACUUGCUCCUUGAAGGGAUCGUUGUGAGGUGGCUUGUUUGUCCCAGGUACUCCCACCUGCCUGUGGAAAGCUACUCCAGGGUAUGAAUUACAUCAGCGUGGCAGGAGCUGAUGGUUGAAGACACACAAACACUCCCAGGGUGGGACUUGGGCCAAAACCAGCAACAACAGGGGCCCAGUAAACAGCGGGUCUAAAACAGACACUUUUUUCACCCCCCUGCUGAGGUUCUAAACUGGUCCUCGCUGUCACAAGGUGUUGUAGAGCUCAAACUUAUAAAAUGGAAUUUUCCACGGGCUCGGUGACUGCGUUGACUGCGCCCUUGGUGUUGCUGAGCCAACGUGUGUGCAAGAGGAAUCUUCCAGGGGCUGGGAAGGAGGGCAGGGGUGGUGUUGGUGCCGAGUGGGCACAGUCACUGUUCCCACAGGCUUUAACAGCCCCCACGGGAGAAUCCUAAUUAGUUAAAGACAACAACAACAAAAAAAACAAACCACAACUUAAAUCACUUUCUUACCAAGCAUUUCUGCGUUUAGUUAUCCUGCAUAAUAUGGCCCAAUAAACCCUUUCUUUUUUCCCAGUUGUCACAGUUGUGACUGUGAGGUUUGGCCCGUUGUUUUAUUUUCUGAGUUCUGCCAAACGAAGGCCCUUCAUUGGCCCCCUCUGUCUGCUUAACCUCAAUUAUUAGAAUAAAAUAAAGAGGUAUUUGAUCUUUUUUUGGAAGUGUUUACACUCUCUGGAAUACGAAAAUAAAUAAAGCAAAACCCUGCACUGUGGUAGCUGUGUUCUUCUG